AUGUUAACCAAGAAACAAGAGUACUUAGAGCAAAAGAUUGACGCGGAACUAUUGACAGCAAAGAAAAACGGCACGAAAAACAAACGAGCUGCUUUACAGGCCCUGAAAAGAAAGAAGCGAUAUGAGAAGCAGCUGGCUCAGAUAGAUGGCACUCUCUCCACUAUUGAGUUCCAGCGAGAAGCAUUGGAGAAUGCUAAUACAAACACAGAAGUGCUUAAAAACAUGGGCUUUGCAGCCAAGGCCAUGAAG